AGAUCCCUAUUAUGACUGGCAAAAACCAAUAAUAAAAAGCGAAUUUUUGUUAAGAGGUGGUUAUAAUAAAUUCAUUUCAUUGAAGAGUUCUAGAAAUUCAAGCAAAUUUUACUACAGUAUAAGUUUUCUAAACAACGCAAAAUAAAUAUGGCCGGAGCUACUUUGUUUGAAAGAGCACAAGCUCUGUCAACUGUCAACCGCGAGGAAGGCAUUUCACUAUUGAACAAAAUCAUCAGAGAACAAGAAGUUGCCGAAAAUGAUGAGGAGCUUAUACGCAUCAAGGAACAGGGCAUCUUGCAGUUGGGUGAACUCUACAAACAGGAGGGCAAAGCCAAGGAGUUGGCCGAUUUGAUUAAAGUUACCCGCCCCUUCCUUAGUUUGAUCAGUAAGGCAAAGGCUGCAAAGUUGGUGAGAUCUUUGGUCGAUAUGUUCCUGGAUAUGGAUGCUGGCACCGGUAUUGAGGUUCAAUUAUGUAAAGAUUGCAUUGAAUGGGCUAAACAGGAAAAACGCACCUUCCUACGUCAGAGUUUGGAGGCUCGUCUGAUUGCUCUCUACUUUGACACUGGCAUGUACACCGAUGCUUUGCAAUUGGGUUCACAACUCCUCAAAGAAUUGAAAAAAUUGGAUGAUAAAAACCUUUUGGUUGAGGUACAACUGCUGGAAAGUAAAACCUAUCAUGCUUUAAGUAAUUUACCAAAAGCUCGUGCUGCUCUAACAUCUGCCCGUACCACAGCAAAUGCCAUUUAUUGUCCUCCAAAAGUGCAGGCCUCAUUGGAUCUGCAAUCGGGUAUUUUACACGCCGCCGAUGAACGUGAUUUCAAGACAGCCUUCUCCUAUUUCUAUGAGGCCUUUGAGGGUUUCGAUAGUGUGGACAAUAACAAGGCAUUGACCGCUCUCAAAUAUAUGUUGUUGUGCAAAAUUAUGUUAGGUAAAUCGGAUGAUGUUAAUCAAAUUGUUAGCGGAAAAUUGGCCAUUACAUAUUCAGGUCGCGAUAUUGAUGCCAUGAAAUCAGUUGCCGAGGCCUCACACAAACGUUCUUUGGCUGACUUCCAACAGGCCUUGAAGGAUUAUCACAAGGAAUUGGCUGAAGAUGUUAUUGUUAAGGCUCACUUGGGUACUCUAUAUGAUACCAUGUUGGAACAGAAUCUUUGUCGCAUCAUUGAACCCUAUUCUCGUGUGCAAGUCUCCCACGUUGCCGAUUGCAUUAAAUUGCCCAUGCCACAGGUGGAAAAGAAAUUGUCACAAAUGAUUUUGGAUAAGAAAUUCCUGGGCAUCUUGGAUCAGGGUGAAGGAGUUUUAAUUGUUUUCGAAGAGACUCCCACCGACAAAACCUACGAACGUGUUUUAGAGACCAUACAAAACAUGGGCAAAGUUGUCGAUACCCUAUAUCAGAAGGCCAAGAAAUUGUCAUAGACAUAAACAAACCUAUCAACAAAACAACCAGCCAGCCAGUUUCCCCCAUUCCUGUAACGUCAAAC